UAUCUAAUAAUGAUACAUUUUCAUAUCAAAGAGUACCUAGAGCUGUAGAAAACACAUCACUUGACAUACUCUCUUAUACACAAGAUGUGGUUAUUGUCCAGUUCUAUAUCCCCCAAAUUAUACUGGAGUGUACUGGUGAAGCUCCUGAACUUGUUACAGUUACUGUACAGUGUAAUGGAACUGAUAGCAGUACAACUUACCAAAUAAGGAAUAUGAAUGAUAUAACAGGAUCAGUUUCAGUCCCUCAGUAUCAACAGUGUAAUAUCAGUAUUGUAUUUAGUAAUGAGGCUGGUAGUAGUGAACCAUUUAUACUAGCAUUUGAUACAUAUCCUCCUUCUCCUAACAUCACUAAUGUCACUAAACUCACUGCUACUACUAGUACUAUUGGUACUGCUGGUACCAUUAAUACACAUUUUAGUAUCACUACUACAAUACAAACACUCCCUACCACCACACCUGUUCCAACAACACUUAAUGUCAGUACUGUUACACCUGUUUCAGCAACUCUUAAUGUCAGCACUGUUAUCACUGCAUCAUCAUCAGGUGUUGUUAUUAUAUUAUUGCUAAUAAUAAUAAUAAUUCUCACUGUACUUGUUAUGACAUAUAAAAGGAAGUUAAAGAGGUUUGCCUCAAUGCAACAACAGCAGCAACAAGAGGUACCUACUGCACCUAAUGAAGCAUAUGAAUUCAACACUUUAAUGAUUACUAAUAACAAUAAUACUACUAAUCCUAAUCCUGCUUAUGGAGAAGUCAGAGGAUACAGAGGAGGAGCAGUUAACAUGUGAACCAUUUGUAGUAAAACACAUUUUAGUGACUAAAUUUAGAGAUGUGUGUGUGUGUGUGUGUGUGUG